GUCACUAAAAGCGACACUUAUGGAUGCUUACAUUGAAUGAGUUGUGAGUUUUAACCUCCAAUUAAAGAUUGUUCUACACACACUGUAUGCGAUAUAUUUUUGAUCAAAAUGUCUGAAAUUAUCCAUGAGAAAGCCUUUAUUUGAGAGAAGUUACAAUGACAGUUUGGAGUCGUAUCCUGAAGAGAGUUGUUCGUCACCUGGCCUUCACACUUCCUGUUGCGGUUACAUUUUUAGACUGUGUGUCUUAUGUAGCCAAGGUGGAAGGUGUUUCUAUGCAGCCAGAACUAAAUCCUGAACAGGAAGACGGAAAAAUCCUUUCUGACUAUGUGUUACUCAACCGUUGGAAAGCACGUUAUUUUGACAUAAAUCGAGGGGAUGUUGUUACUUUAUUAUCUCCGCGAGAUCCGAGCCAGAAGAUUAUCAAGAGAGUUGUUGCAUUAGAAGGAGAUGUCAUAAGAACGCUUAAUUACAAGGAAAAAUACGUGAAAGUUCCACAAGGACAUUGCUGGGUUGAAGGCGAUCACCACUCACACAGUAUGGAUAGUAACUAUUUCGGGCCCGUUUCUAUAGGUCUCGUGACAGCAAUUGCAACACAUGUUGUAUGGCCGCCAACCAGGUGUCGCCGGUUGGAGCCCAAUCUCCCAACGAAAAGAAAACCAGUUAACGUGGGGUUUCCAGUCUUUAGCUGGUUAGAAGAACAAGAUCAGGAUUUAGAGGAAUAUAUAGAUUAAUAAAAAUACUAAACUAGAAGCCGAAGAAUUCAAUAAUUCUCAGGACUGGUUAAUUGUAUAGUGUACAGUGUAUAGUGUCUUUGUCUUGGUUUAGGCCUUUUUUUUUCUUCUAACGCUCGUAAAUUACAAGCGUGGUAGAGCAAUAUCGUAUAGAAACGUAAAGCUAUAACCGGUAAUAAUAAACUUGAAAUGCUUUUAAAGCUGAAUAUGCUUUCAAAAACAAAAGGGGUUGAGUCUCAUUUGGAAAUUAAUAGACGUUUACUUGCAAUCGUUUGUUUUCCACUCCACCUAAAUAUCAUUAUACGUAAUACGUAAAUUCCAGAACGUAUUUCGUACUGCCUUGUCUAUUUACCCUAUAAAAGAAGCACAGGACUUCAUGAAAGCACGUGAGGCAAUUUUUAAAUACCAGGGUUUGCUAGAAGCAACCAUUGGAACCUAGAUUUCAAUGUAAGCUGAUGAAAGAAAUCAACGCUUCAUCGAGGAAUCUAAAUUUCAGAUUGAGUCAACGAAAAAUCAACGCUUCAUAAAGGAAUCUUGAUUUCAUUUCUAGCUGACGAAAAAGAUAAUCGCUUCAUAAUCAUUAUUCUUUGAACCUCGAAUUACAUGAAGAGUUGGGAUAGGCUCUGAAAGAGUAUACAGAAAGUGUUAUAGUGAAUUUUAAGACAGGAUUUAGAAGAACGUAAAGUGAAUGAGUAAUUAAUGGAAGUGUCCGCAUGAACAUGAAUUCCAGGGUUCAGCAGAAGCCAGGAAAAAGCCAAAUCUUGAUGUAAUGAUCCAAAUGAAUAUAUAUAGUAUUUCUUUGAAGAAUCGGUAGUGCUGUUAAAGUACAGCGUUAUCUGAAAGCCACAAAUUAAAAAUUGUCUAAGUAUGCGAAUAGUCAUUUAGUCGAUUUGUAGAGAGAAUAUAUUAAAGGGUUUAAUUUAUCUUUGUCUAAAACCAUUCUGGUGUAUACAGGUUUCCGAGGUAUAUUAUCACACGUCCGUACACUAACCCACCCCCACCAAAUAUAUAUAUAUAGAUCAAUAGCGUUUUAACAUUAUUUGUCCGUAUAAUAAUAUUUCAAUAUAUGUCUUACAGAUAUUAAUGUUCAGUUAAAGAUGAAGAUUUAAUAGGAAGUGGUAUUAAUGCUUAUCUGUCAAUCACCGUUAUCGCAAGAUAUUUAGCAGUGAGAGUACACAAUAUAUAAGCAGACCACCAAAUCCGUACAUAUUAAGACGUUACUAUGCAAGAUAUUUAGGAACCUAAGUAGUCACUUUAUCAGUUAUUUAGGACCAAAGAGUUUGGGACCGAAAGCACUUUACUAUUUACUCGAUGUAUUUCGUACUUAGUCCAUGUAAAAUAAAAGUGCGUGGAACUCCUCCGUUUUACACCGUCAAAAACCUUCACCAGUAUAUUAAACUUUGUUUAAAAUGUUUGAACUCUUCUUUAAGUAAAUUUAAUUUUCCAAACCAUUAUAUGUCUUGUUCACAAAGGUUCAAAAUAUAUUUAAGCUCUUAUUAAGGCUUCAGGAUUUAGUAACUGAUCAACAGGCAUGUUUGUACAACAAUGCAAGGUUAAAACAAACCAAUUCUGUGAACGUACAUGUGUAGGAUUUGAAGUACAUGUAGAAAGCAAAAGAAAACACAUCAUACUUCUACUUUUCACUGUGUACUCUGAUCUUAAUUUUUUAAAUAUUAAGAAGGCUGCCAAUCAGUGAAACCACAGGAAUUUUGCUUUUUGCUUCUUUUUUUUUGGUGGGGGGAGAGAUGGAGAACUAAUAUCUUCAACCUUAUGACUGUUACAGAAGGGAAGAACUCUUUUUAACAUUUUCAACCGCGGCUUUUAGCUGAUGCACAGUGGAAUCAUAUCCACUAUCAAUCAACAAUCCAUUGGUUUUAACAACAUCAACAUCGUCUUCUGUUCUUACAAUGUGGCUUUCUUUAUUAUUUCAUCUACAAUAUAUCUUUUACAGUACACCAAACUUUGUGCUUUUCUCUUGUACCUUUUUUUUUUGCACUCCCUUAUAAAUGAGGAUGGAAACAAUAACCAAGGGACAGAAAAUUAUUCUGUCCAAUUAAAAUCUUUUGAUUUUGACCUAAUCUAGUUCAAGGUAAACUUUAAAAAAAAAUGCUACUUCAGCAAGAACAAUCCUGGAUAGUACAUGUAAUAGUACCAGCUUUUUUUUUCUUUUUCUUUUGGUCUGCCGGGAAAUUCACAAAAUAUGUCACUGACAUCAUAAUAUUUAUUGACUUAAGUUAGUUUUUACCAUUGUCACAGAUAUAUCCUUUGUUAAGCUACUAAAAAUCUCUUCUACAUUAGAAGAUAAUGUUAUUAACUUCGCAUCCAGUUUCAGGUAGAAUAGUGCUAUAUUUUUUAUAUACCAGUCAGUAUUUGACUGUUAUCAUGUUUCUCAUAUUCACUAUCACUAAGUAACCCUAAUGCUGCAUUUUAUGUUUCUUCAAAGACUUUGUGUUGUACAUGGUAUUAUUUUCACACUAACGUUGACACAAGUAUGCUUUAAUUAAACCAAUAAAAUCAGUUUUGAGGUCAGUUGAGUAGAAGAGGCAUGAAUUUUUUUGAAAUAUGCGCAGCAAAGAAACAGCCCGAUAACGAAACCUUUUAGGAGUUUCACUUGUUCUAUAUACUUUCUUCUGAAGGGAAUAAUAUAUUUUUUUUCUAUAUUACCUAUGAUACUUUGUCAUUUAUAUAGGAAAGGCGUUGCAAUUUCUAAGUUUUUGUUCACAAUGUUUAAUUCCAUAUAAAAACCUACUAUUUUGCAGAUGCCUAAGUAAUUUGCUGUGAUUAACGUAAUGUUUAAAUGAAGAACACUAGCAGCUGCAGUUUCCACAUUUGUAUAUAUCUGAAAUUUGAAAUAUACAUUAGAUCUUCUCUAAAAUAUGUUGUAGCUGGUUAACAUCAA